AUGCAGCAUCCUGGAGGAACAUGCGUGGCGUUACCCAACGUGGAUGCCUGUCCUCAGCUGUCCUGCGCAGCCCUUACCUUCAUGUAUUUACAGCAGGGUAACCAGGACACACCAGCACCCCCGGACCCAUCAAUGGCCCAGGCUUACCAGUCAGCCCAGUUUGCCCCCCCUCCCCAGAACGGUAUUCCAGCUGAAUUCACAGCUUCACAUCCCCAUCCACAUCCACACUCCCACACACAUCCACAUCAGCACCCAGCAGCACCGCAGGACUACACCGCAGUCCAGGCCUCCGUCAGCGAGCAUCCACUCAACAUGUACCAGUCCUCACAAAGCCACAGCGAGCAAAGUGGGUCAGACUCCGGCAGUCAGACAGUCACCGGCACAGCCACACAGACAGAUGAUGCUGCGCAGACAGACAGUCAGACGCCAACACAGACUGUACCCGAAAGCACAGACAGCAAGACCCAACCCAAGAGACUUCACGUCUCCAACAUCCCCUUCAGGUUCAGAGACCCAGACCUCAGGCAAAUGUUCGGCCAAUUUGGCAAAAUCUUAGAUGUGGAAAUCAUCUUCAAUGAGCGCGGUUCGAAGGGUUUCGGCUUCGUAACGUUCGAGCAUAGCGUGGACGCCGACAGGGCGAGAGAGAAAUUACAUGGCACCGUGGUAGAAGGCCGUAAAAUAGAGGUCAACAAUGCAACAGCCCGAGUAAUGACAAAUAAGAAGACUGUCAACCCAUAUGCAAAUGGCUGGAAGUUAAAUCCAGUGGUCAGCGCUGUCUACAGCCCCGAAUUCUAUGCAGUACCAGGUUUUCCCUACCCAGCAGCCAGUGCAGCAGCAGCGUACAGAGGAGCCCACCUACGAGGUCGAGGACGGACUGUGUACAACACAUUCAGGGCGGCUGCUCCGCCUCCACACAUCCCAGCAUAUGGAGGUGUUGUUUACCAGGAUGGAUUUUAUGGUGCAGAUAUUUAUGGUGGUUACGCUGCCUACAGAUAUGCCCAGCCUACUGCUGCCACAGCUGCUGCAUACAGUGACAGUUAUGGACGAGUAUACGCUGCUGACCCCUACAACCACACACUCACUCCAGCAGCCACAUACAGCGUUGGUGCCAUGAACGCGUUCGCCCCGCUGACAGAUGCCAAAACUCGGAGCCACGCCGAUGACGUGGGGCUGGUGCUGUCCUCUCUCCAGGCUAGUAUAUACCGGGGAGGCUACAGCCGCUUCGCACCCUAUUAGCAACACCUCCGACCUAAACUCAACCUUCCAACAGGACAGAAAAGCAAAAUGUGUGCGCGAGUGAAUGUGUGAGUGAAUGACAAGAGAAAGAACGAGGAGAGAUGUUACUGAGGCCUGGGUAUUGCAAUACAUGCAGUUUGUGCAUCAUUUCAGCAUCUCCUAAGAGAGAAGUACAAAAAAAAAAAAAAAAAAUACUAAUAAUAAUGAAAAAAAAAAACACAAACAAACUAAUAAGAAUAAAAUGACAGCUGAUAUUUUUCAUCUUAUACCUCAGAUAUUUUGUGCUGUGUAUUUUGAUAUUGUGGGUUUUUAAUUUCUAAAGAUUUAAACAUAGUUUAUUAGCUGUAGAGGUUUUUUCCAUGGUACUAAUAGAGAGCUGCUAGAGUAACGAUUAGGACACAAAGGAAAUAUUUAUCAAAUUCAUAUUGUUGGGGCUUGUAUAGAACUCCAAUCCUGUAAGAUAAGUCAUAGUCACACUUUGGGGUUUUUAUGUUUUGUAAGAGUGUUCAAGUGGCUAUGCUAGUCAAGUGUUGUUUCUUUGUUUUUGUUUUUGUUUGUUUGUUUUCUCUCAGCCCUCUUUGGCACUUUCUAUGUCAAAUUAGCAGCAGUAGAUUUUUAUUUUUGUUUUGUUUUUUGGGGGGAAGAAGGUGAAGAAGCCUUGGAAUCACCAACACUGUCAGAAAGGCCGGAUCGGUAAGUCAGAAAAGCUGAGAGCAGCUCCAUCGCUAUGUUUCAGUUCCGCCAUCUCCUUGAGGACGAACUGUUUCCUUGUGACUGCAACAAAACAAGAUGUGGGUCCUUUCUCGAGACCAAAUCCUCCGUAGUGUAGCGUCGGCUGAAAUUUACACGCCUGUGACAUGUGGUUUGCUUUACAUUCACCUAGAAAGAAGAUGUUCUCGUAAUUUUGACAUAAAUAAGGACGUUUUCACCAUAAAUUGAUGCAGAAAAGACGAAAAUUGUUGAAUAUUAAGUGCAUGAUAUGUCAAAUAUCAAUUUAAUCGAAACCUACACCUAUGACCUCUAAACCUGUAAAAGUGAAUGAGACAAACUCAUUAUGUAUAUAUUUAAAAAUGGCAAUGUUAUCAGAAUUUCCAAUUUGUUAUACUUUAUUGGCAUGAACGUCAUAUUGGUGGAAUAAAAAAUGACAGACAACAAAUUACAUAAUACAUAAUUUAAAAAAGACUAGCAUGAUAAAGAGAAUGGAAAAACUUUGCUUGUUCCACAAAACAUCCAUCAAGUCUCUUCAUUUUUCUGCUAAAUCAGGUUGAAUUGUCAAAGACUGGAUUAUCAGCUGCCCACAAGACCUUCAGGAGCCCCAAAGGUCACCAGUUCCCUCCGUAGGACUUUAUUAUAGUCGUAAAUUUCAAUCAAAUAGCAAAGAGACAAGUGAUGUUUUCACUCAUCACUAAAUGGUGAUCAACUAUUUAACUGCUUCCCGCACAUAUGUUACACUCACCACCAAACCAAGAUGGUAACAUUCAGCUGAAACACAACA